AUGUCUCAAUCUUCUUCUCAGAGUCCAGCUAGCUGGAUUGGCACCUUCUGCAACCUGCACGGCCAUGAAUAUUUUGCUGAAGUCAGCGAAGACUUCAUCGAAGACGAUUUCAACCUGACAGGGUUGCAAGCUCAGGUGCCCAUGUACAAAGAUGCCCUGGAGAUGAUCCUUGAUGUGGAGCCUUCAGAGACCAACUCGUCGGCAUUGUCGGAAGAGGAGGAGGAAGAAGAGGAAGAAGAAGACGAUGGCAUUCUGGGAGACGAAUUGGACGAGCCACCUGUGAACCAGAACGGGGCUUCGAGGCGACAAUCCGGCGGUGCGGCAGGCGGCAGGAGAUAUGGUCGGACCUCAUCUGAUACAUCUGUCAUCGAGUCAUCGGCGGAACUUCUGUAUGGUCUCAUACACGCUCGAUACAUUACUUCCAGGCCUGGGAUUCAGCAAAUGAUGGAGAAGUACGAACUGUCGCAUUUCGGCUUCUGCCCCCGGAUGUACUGUGCGGGAGCAAAAGUGUUGCCGGUCGGGCUGACGGACACUCCUGGGCAACAGACUGUCAAAUUGUUUUGUCCAAGCUGUCUGGAUGUCUACACCCCUCCGAACUCUCGAUUUCAGGCGGUCGACGGUGCCUUUUUUGGGACGACAUUUCCAUGUCUGUUCUUCAUGUCCUACCCAGAUCUCGACGUUGCCCCGAUCAAGAAACGGAAUCCUCGAGACUCCAGCGGUCAAGCAAAUGACGACCCUGAAGGCACAUUGAGUCCGAACGAAGGCAAUCCCACGCGUGGAGGUAUAACGGCCAGCCGAAGCUCGAGCCUGACCUUGCCACAGGCCCCACCGAUUCCUGGUGUCACAUCGGCUAAGGACGAGAAGACGUCUGCGUCGGCCAUUGCUCAAACCACAUUACCGCCGCAACCAGCAACGAUCAACGGCGUCGCCACACACAACCUUGCGCCAGGCUUAGGAAAGGGCAAAAUUUACGAGCCUCGAAUUUACGGCUUCAAAGUAUCAGAACGAGCGAAGAGCGGGCCCCGGAUGCGCUGGCUCCGAUCUAAGCCUCUAGACAUCAAUGAGCUGGAUGAAGCACGAAUAUGGCACGAACGAUAUGGCGGCACUGUGGAUGGUGAUCCUGAUGAAGAAAUGCGGCGCCUGCCAGGAGGAGCACAUGACAACGAAGACGUUGAUGAUGAUGAUGACGAGGAAGGGGAGGAAGAGGAAGGCGAGGACGUCGGCGGAGAAGCUGCCGACCAGGACGGAGAUGCCAUCAUGGCCACCCAGGGUCAGAAUCAAGUACCCAUCACUCAAAGCAGCCAACGGGGCAAGUCGAAACGAGAGCCUGACGCCGAUGGGGAUGCACUGAUGGCAAGUCAAAGUCAAGGAGGUGGGCGGGGCAAGUCUCGGCGCAAGCCAGUGACAAGAAGCCAGGGCGUCGACGUCUCCGCACAACCAAAGAGCGAGGGAAAUUGGAUAUGA